ACGUGAUUGGAUUAGGCUAAAUGCGCCUUAGGUUGGGUGCCUUGGGACAGUCAUUAGGUAAAUCAACAAUCGGCGGCGCAGUUUGUGUGGUAGCAAUUUAGAUCUUGCUAGGUCCAGAGUGCUGAAUAAACAAGCUCUUAGUGGACAGAGCGAUGUCUGGAAACGAAGAGCGCACCUUUAUAGCUAUCAAACCGGAUGGCGUGCAAAGAGGACUUAUUGGAGAGAUAAUCAAGCGGUUUGAACAAAAAGGAUUCAAACUGGUCGGAAUGAAGAUGAUUCAGGCACCUGAGGACCUUCUCCGGCAGCAUUAUGCUGACCUCAAAGACCGACCUUUCUUCCCUGGGCUUGUCAGCUACAUGCGUUCUGGUCCUGUUGUUGCCAUGGUUUGGGAAGGUAUGAAUGUUGUUAAGACGGGUAGAGUGAUGUUGGGAGAAACCAAUCCCGCUGAAUCCAAGCCAGGCACAAUUCGCGGGGACUUCUGCAUUCAAGUUGGCAGGAAUAUAAUCCAUGGCAGUGAUGCAGUUGACAGUGCCACUACAGAGAUCAACCUUUGGUUUAAACCAGAAGAGCUCACAUCUUACACUAAAUGUGACCACAGCUGGCUGUAUUAGGCCUAUGUCCUUCAGUUUCUCUUCUUUUGUUGUUACCUUUCAUGUUGUACUUUGCAUUGAUUUAUGACAGUUGACAACAGUAACUUCAUCUUAUUUUCUUGGAGUUUUUCUGCUGUGUGUUGUGACGUUUGUAUUUGUAUAACAAGUUCUAUUUUCUGGAUAUUCCUUUGUUGUAAGACACCACAUGGAAUAAAGGAUAUGAUAUUCA